AUGACAGGAAGAAAGCUGGUUUCGUUUUUGGUGGCGCUGUCAGUGGCGGCGGCCCCUGCAACCCAGCAUGUUGUGGCGAGCGAAAAGAGCCUCGAUAGUGUUGAAACCGCGCGUCAGCACAUGGAGAUGGCCAUGGAUGCUCAGACAGAAGUGCAGGAGACCUAUGAUCCAUUGCAGGAGUUCGUGCAGACAUUCCGUGAAAUCAAAAGAGCUGUUGAGGAAGACGCGGUGAUGAGCACAGAUGCGAUCGAAAAAGUGGCCCAGUUCGACUUGGUUUCCCUGCUUGAUGUGAUCCGAGAGGCCGCACAAGCAAAAUUCGAGCUCUUCGCCCGCCUGAUUGGAGAAAUCGCAGGCGGAAUCGAAGAUGGAGCCAUGGUUCUGAUGGGAGAGGAUGCCGCUUUCAUAAAGCCCAGGAAAUCUAAGAAAGGGAGGAAGACUACAACUACUACAAGCUCAACCACAAGUACAAGCACUACGACAACCACUACCACAACGACAACCACGACAUCAACUACAACUACGACACCAACCACAACCACAACAACAACAACCACGACAAAUACGAGUCCGUCUACACAAGCCGCCAAUGCCACGGCCAUCUAG